AUAAAAGAGACUGCGUCACUUCCCACCCAACGGGAGAGGAAGAAAAGAAGAAUGAAGAAAACUUGAUUAGCCUUUCCCGUCCGGCUCGUGCGGUGGUUGCGGCGGUUUCGGACGCCGGCUCUCUCGUUUCCAUCGGGUAGACACUCUACUGCAAAGAUGGUCAACGUACCCAAAACUCGAAGGACUUUCUGUAAGAAAUGUGGCAAGCAUCAGCCUCACAAAGUGACCCAGUAUAAGAAGGGCAAGGAUUCCCUGUACGCGCAAGGGAAGCGGCGCUACGAUCGGAAGCAGAGUGGUUAUGGUGGGCAGACAAAGCCAAUUUUCCGGAAGAAGGCCAAAACCACAAAGAAGAUCGUGCUCAGGCUUGAGUGUGUGGAGCCCAACUGCAGGUCCAAGAGGAUGCUGGCCAUUAAGAGAUGCAAGCAUUUUGAACUGGGAGGAGACAAGAAGAGAAAGGGCCAAGUGAUCCAGUUCUAAAACUUGGGUUUUCUGAGAGGAAAAUGCUGAAGCACCAGGAAAAUUACCUGUUAGAAAAUAAAAGUUAUUGUUAUUGAUACCUAAAAAAAAAAGAAAA